GUACAAUCAACCGUCUUAUUCCAAGCCACAGUCAGGUUAUAUGGACAAUCUGCGAUACCUGCGUGGCUAAAACGCUUGCUAGCUCGGCGCUCCUGAUUCUGUCACUCAGUGUCAGUGAGUGUCAAAGUGUCAGUUAAACCAUGGAGGUGUUCCUUCCUCCAUGGUUAAACACAGCUUGAGUGUGGACUGACAUGACUGAUGCAGUCCAGCUCGUCUAUUCCUUCCCCCAUGGUGGCAUGCAUGAUGAUGGGAACAACAAAUGUGCAAACUGCAAAACAGCUGUACAAGCACCUUUUAAGAGCUUGUCAAAAGCUGCCUACAGAGGCGCAGAGUCACUACAGACAUCAUGUCAGACAGGGUUUCAAUAGUCAUGCUGAUGAAUCAGAUCCCAAUAGAAUCCAACAGAUUAUCACCAGGGCUCUGCAGGAUGCUGAAUGGGUGUUGAAUAAGUAUGCAGAUAAAAGCAGCAAGAGGUGACAAGAUAUAUCUACUCACUGCGGUUGAACUGAGCAUUGAUGGCUUGCCAUUUUCCCCCAAACUGUGGCCUUUGAGGAGGCAACUUGCAGAUGCUGUCUCUGGCUUCAGUGGGUUUUGACGGCUUCACGUAGGGAUGCUUGUGUUUGUUACAUGUUUUGGAGACUGCCAUGUUGGGAGUUUUCUUGGUUUCAAUAACAGCAUAAUGUGUCGAUGUCUGUGCUUACAUUUGAUGUAUACAGAACAACUCCAACACCAACACAGAUUCCUUACAAUGGUUCAAAGACUGGCAUUAAAGGAUGCCUAAAACCAUAGACAGAUCUUUCAAAAUGACCACCAGAAUGUUAGGCCUACAUGUACUUCAUAUUUCUUUUGAAAAAGAAUGUUCUGGUUCAUGUUCCUGACAGUUUCUUGCAGUUCUCACCACAAACCACUGUGCUAAGCAUGAAACGGUUUUGGAACACUCAAAGGUAACAAAUUUAACGUAGCUAUUUGACUAAAGUAUCUGGUUUUGACACCUUUUUUUCAGUGAUCAACAACUUUUUGUGUUGAGCACUGCCAGGUAACUU